CUAAAACACAACUAAAACAAGGGCGAGGUGAGGUGAGGCGUUUGGUGGAUAGGGAAAGGGGAGAGAUGGCUGCUGUUGCAAAGAACGUUCUCAAUGGCAUCAAGGAGAGGGGUCUCAUCGGCUUUGCACGCGAGCUCCGUGAACAAGGAUUUCUGAACUGUCUUACUGAUGGAAAUCUUUUGCAAACGAAGAUCCACAACAUUGGUGCGACAUUAGUGGGUGUUGACAAAUUUGGCAAUAAAUACUAUCAGAAGCUUGAAGGGACACAAUACGGAAGACACAGGUGGGUGGAAUAUGCAUCAAAGGACCGUUACAAUGCUUCUCAGGUCCCACCUGAAUGGCACGGUUGGCUGCACUUCAUAACUGAUCACACUGGAGACGAGCUUCUAAUGCUUAAACCGAAGAGGUACGGGUUGGAUCACAAGGAGAACUCUACAGGUGAAGGUGAUGAAUACAUCUAUCAUUCCAAGGGGCACACACUGAACCCUGGCCAGAGAGACUGGACCAGGUACCAGUCCUGGCAACCCACUAAGACCCAGUAAUUCAAUUUCUUUCAUUUACAAGCCAUUAUCAAUAAGCACACUUUUUGUGUGGUUGAAAAUUGCUAAACUAAUUCAACCAUUAUAACAUUUGUUUGCCUUCCUAUUCUCAUGUUGAAUAUGAAUUUAGUGUUCCUCAGCUAUGAUUUUGUUUGCUAUAUUGGAUUAUAGUCCAUUUACUUUAAA